AAUUAAUCAGUUACCGCAUAAACAUAUGUGAGUAAUUAUUUUCAUCAAACGUGUAUACUUAGCAAUGGAUAAAACAACAAAAAGUUCUUCUUCAAGUGAUAGAAAUAAUGAAAGGGGACAAUGGAAUCGAAAGAUCGAAUAUUUUUUAUCACUAAUUGGAUAUAUGGUUGGUUUGGGAAAUCUCUGGCGUUUUCCGUAUAUCUGUAUGAGAAAUGGCGGCGGUGCCUUUUUGAUACCAUUCUUAUUUUUCUUGGUGUUUUGUGGACUGCCGUUAUUUUUUUUGGAGACUGCCAUAGGACAAUUCAGUGGAAAAGGCUUGUUACAUGUAUGGGAUGUAUGUCCUCUUUUUAAAGGAGUUGGAUAUGGAAUGGCGAUUCCGUUGUUUGUCAUCAAUAUCUACUAUAACAUGAUAAUUGCAUGGACACUGUAUUACAUUGGUAACUCAUUUCUCAGCCCUUUGCCAUGGACAGUAUGUGAUAAUGAUUGGAAUAGCCUUCAUUGCGUGAAAAACAGUGGUUCAUUGAAUAACCACAGCCAAUUGCUGAGUAAAAUGUCAAAUCAAACAACUUUAAAUGAGACUUCUUCCUGGAUAACUGCUCAAGAAGAUUUUUGGCAGCAAAAUGUCCUUCAGAUGUCUUCAGGAGUAGGUGAGCUCGGUCAGAUAAACUGGCGUAUAUUAAUUGCAUUGUUCGGUGCCUGGAUGAUUGUUGGACUUUGUAUAAUAAAGGGUGUAAAAUCUGUUGGAAAGGUGGUGUAUGUGACAGCUCUUCUACCAUAUGUUAUUUUGACGAUCAUUCUGAUAAGAGGACUCACCCUGGACGGAUCUGUUGACGGAGUAAUAAUGUAUCUACGACCAGAUUUUUCGCACCUGCUGAAGUUACAAGUGUGGAUAGAAGCUGCACUGCAGGUAUUUUACUCUCUCGGACCAGGAUGGGGACCGAUCAUUUCAAUGGCCAGUUUUAACAGAUUUGAUAACAAUAUCUUACGAGAUUCAAUCAUGUUAACAUUUAUAGGCGAGGGCACAAGUAUUUAUUCUGGGCUGGUUAUUUUCACAGUUCUUGGAUUUAUGGCAGCAAAGUUGUCCUUACCCAUAGGUCAAAUAGUAAAAUCUGGUCCGGGUUUAGGUUUUAUUGCUUACCCAGAAGCCCUUGCUAAUCUACCAGGAAAGAAUGUGUGGUCGUGUUUAUUUUUUGUGAUGUUGUUAACUGUAGGUCUUGAUAGUCAAUUUGCUGUGUGUGAAUCUAUUGUGGUUGUAUUUACCGACAGCUUCAAAUCGUUACGACGACGCCGAGUCUUAUUUACAAUAGCCUUUUGUGUAUUUAGUUUUCUUCUUGGAAUUAUUUUCUGUACGCAAGGAGGUAUAUACAUAUUUCAACUUGUUGACUGGUAUGUUGCAGCAUUUUCAUUACCAAUAUUUGGAUUCAUAGAGUGUAUUAUUUUCGGAUGGAUUUACGGUGCAGAAAGAUUUUCACACGAUGUCUAUCUAAUGAUUGGUAGAAAAGUUCCCGCUUUUUUUCGAAUAUGCAUCGGAUUUAUUACACCGAUAAUACUCCUUGGAUUAAUUGUAUCUAGUUUCAUAGCUUAUAGACCUCCAACAUACGGAUCCUAUACUUACCCAGAAUUUGCUGUAGCAUUCGGAACCAUUAUAUCUGUGAUACCAAUAUUACCGAUAUUCGUAUUUGCUUUUAUAGCAGUAAAGAAUGCUGAGGGUCAGUCAUUGAAAGAGAAAAUCAAGGCAUCUUUAAAACCAAGUACUACAUGGAUGCCUGUAUGUCAAGAAUAUCAGGAAGAAUAUUUGGAUGCCGAAGACAGCAAUCACAGUGUUCUUGAUAACCUUAAGCUUAAUUUGAUUGGAUCCAAACAAUAAUUUGCAUAAACAUUAUCAAAUGCUCAUAUGAGUUUUUAGUAAAUUGUGGACGACA